UAUGGGAAGGUCUCUGUUUCUAGUGCCUGCUGUGUAGUGUCACAGCAACUCGUACACCUGCUCUUAGGAAACCGGAAUCCAACAUUAUGUAUGAACAGCGGUGACAUCAUCUUAUAUUUAUUUGCCGUAUUAACAAUUAAAGCUAUUUACUUGCAAGGUGAUUUACGGUUAUGGAUUCAAAGAGCAGGUCAUCAUUGCCAUUCUUGCUUUGCACCCGACAAAGACCUCUGUUUGAAUUAGCUCGCUAGCAAGCUAACUACAGUAGCAAACAGUACAUUAAAUAGGGAUGGAGGUGAAGAUCACUCUGGAAUCUAAAGUAGCUGCUUCUAACUUGCUGAGGUCCCUCCACUCGCAGUACCAGAGGGGGUACCUUUGUGACAUCAUCAUUCAGACAGGACAGGAAGAAAGCCAAGCGAGUUUUCCAGUGCACAGGGUGGUUCUGGCUGCAUGUAGCAGUUAUUUCCAAAAUAUUUUUGCCCUCCAGAGUCCUGCUGGGGCCCAGCUCCCUGCUGUGAUCGUGCAGAAUAUCAGCGCAGAGGAUCUUGCAGCUUUUGUGCAGUUUGUGUACACAGCCUCAGUGGAGGUCACACCAGACCAGCUGCCUAGACUGUUAGAAGUGGCGACAAAGCUGGAUUGCAGAGACCUGCUGGAAGCUUGCAAGGCCCCAACUGUGACUUCCUCAUGUUUGGCUGGCAAACCUUUCCAGACUCCACCGUCAAAGGCUUCUCCUGAGCCAGACAGCACUCUGAGAGACAAGGAUUCUCCUGCAGACCAGGUCUUAAAUCCGGACAUCAGGAAAUGUGAAACUCAAGAAAGCAGCACCAUAGUUUCAGCAGGACCGAGCGUUCUGAAGCAUGUGCCAAAGAGCAAAGCAGAGGAGAUGAGAUCGCAGGGGUGCGAACCUGUUCCAGCAGAUGAGGGUACAGACACUCCAGCAAAUGCAUUUGAGACCAAGCUGGUGAUCAGGAAAGUGCAUCUCGAGGAGACAAAGGCCAGAACUAAUAAAGGGAAGCCUUUUGGAAAUGCCCUAAAGCAACAUGCCGAAACCUUCAGGUGUGAGAAAUGUCUCAGGGAGUUUGUGUCUGUCAAGCUCUUCAAAACACACAUGGAGAAAGUGCACAAGGUGAAACUGGUAGUGAAGUACAGCUGUGACCUUUGCCCCCAGCUGGUCUCCACCCACCAGAACCUGCGACAGCACCGGCUGGCGGUCCACACCAGCGAGAGACCUUUUGUCUGCAGAGUCUGUGACAAGAGAUUCAAGUGUCCCAAGGACCUCAGUGACCAUGCAAGGCGGGUACAUGCCAAGAAGACCCCACAGAUGUGCCCAUACUGUGACAAGAUCAUCAGCUCCAAAGGGGGUCUGGCCGUUCACAUCAGGACACACACUGGAGAGAAGCCCUACCGCUGCGCAGACUGCGGUGCCCGCUUUGCUCAGAAGUCAGCCUUCAACACCCACAUCAGAAAGGUUCAUCAGAGCACAAAAGUGAGGAGUUCUGCUGGACCUGCCCACUGUAAAAGGGCUGUUCCUAAGUGUGGAGCUGAACCAGAGUCAGGAAAACCUGGAGCAGACAGUGGAGAAGCAAACCAGUGUGCAGUGCAGAUGGAAGUGCCUGGGAUGACCGAGAUGAACACUGUGAUAGAAGAACAGAGUGUGUCGAGGGCAGAGUCAAACGAUGUCAGAGAGCCGGAAGGUUGGACACGCCGUGCGCCAUUAUACAAUGAACAUCACAAAAGGCCGGAGAAUGUGAUGCAGGAGAAGAAGGAGACGGGAGCAGUAGAGGAUGCUGGGAAGGGGACCUGCGAAGGGCCAAAAGACGAGGGAGAAAGGGAGGAGGAGGGGGAAGAAGACUUUGAAUCUGAUAAGAAAGAUGGCGGAUGUAAUUUGGUGGAUAAAUCUUACCAGCGGCCUAGUCACAAGUGCAAAGAGACUGGCGGGACAGGGGGAUGGAACCAGCAGAGGUCCAAAGGGGAAAAGACCCCAGAGGAGGCUGCUGUAUCUCUCGGGAAGGAAGGCUGUGUUAUCCAAUGCGACAGAUGUAACGGGCAGUUCCCUGCUCGUCGGACGUUUGUCCUGCACUACCAGCAGGUGCACCGGGCCCAGCCGGAGAAGAAGGUCUACAAGUGCGAGACGUGCGGGAAGGCUUUCAGCAGCCUGCAUAGCUGGCGCGAGCACCGGGUCUGCGUACACUCGGAGGAGCGCAAGUUCGCCUGCAGCGUCUGCGGAGGGACCUUCAAGAGGAAGCGGGACGUCCGCACCCACUACGUGCGGAAGCACGAGGGCCGGGUGAAGAGGCCGCUGUGCUCGGUCUGCGGGAAGAUGCUCAGCUCCCAGACGGCCCUGCUCUUCCACAUGAGGACCCACACCGGGGAGAAGCCCUACCAGUGCUCUGUGUGCCACACCCGCUUCGCCCAGCCCUCACAGCUGAAGAGCCACACCAGGGCCCACACUGGAGAGAAGCCGUACAUUUGCGAAGUGUGUGGUGCUAGCUUUGGAGACUCGAGCAAGCUGACCACUCAUCGGCGAACACAUACAGGUCAGCGUUUGUUUAAAUGUGACGUGUGCGAGAAGAGUUUCACUUCCAAAGAAUACCUGAAGCGCCACAAAAUCUGCCACCUGGGAGUGAAGCCUUUCAAGUGCGAGAUGUGUGGGAAAGCGUUCGGCCUGCGGGCAUCCUACUUUCAGCACUGCAGAGUUCAUUCAGAUACGCGCCCUUUUUUCUGUGAGCAGUGUGGAAAGUCGUUCACACAGCAGGGGGCGCUACGGAGACACCAGAGAAUCCACACGGGAGAAAAGCCCUUUAAAUGUAAAGCUUGUGAGCGUAGCUUCACCGACAUGUCCACUUUAAGGAGACACGUGGCGGUUCAUGACAAAAAAGCACAAUGGAGGACCUAUGUUAUUGACCUCACCAACAAGAAAGAGCACAACUGGUCCAAGAUUAAGGUUCUCGGAGGUAGCCGCGUCGAGAGCAGUAACGGGGAUGUUGUUUCCUGAAUAUCAGUACCAAGCACAUAAGGGACGGGGCGAAAGAGACCAGUCAUGGUGCUGAAGUGGUGUUUACACAACAGCGACAUUCCUAAUUAAAAUGGUGCAUGUAGUAACUGCCUGCAAAAUGUGCUGUUUUACUUUGCAGCACUCAGAUAAACUACAAUUUUUUUUUCC